UUAUACUUGUGAGAUGUAAGCUUUCAUCAAUGGCCGUCAGUUGUCUUUCUCUCAUAAUUCCUUUUGCUUAAAUAUAUGCCUACAUGGCUCCUAACAAUUGGGAUCUCUUCGCCUUUGUUCGCUAAAUCUCUGCAUCUUCUCCUUGUUUUUACUCUUUACGAGAAUAGUUUGAUUUGAUUGGAACAUAAUGCAAACUCUGUAUCUCAGAGAGCAUGAUGGGAUUGGAAAUCAGGCAAUGGCUUCAGCUCCAUCAUCACUGCCAUGGGGGACUCAUCAAUCCAUUCAUGGAGGUGGGGCUUUAGGUGCUCCAUUGAAGCCUUUGUUGAUGGAGCAUCCCUCUAAUGGAGAUCAUCUUGUUUCUACCAAACAACAACAAUUCACCAUUUUCCCAGGGGGUUGCAAAAAUUCAGGGGAUGAACAUAAACCUCAGGCAGACAUCUCUCUGCUAUCAGAUCCUUCAGAAAAUAGUGCUCGCUUUGAACUAGGAUUUGGUCAGCCCAUGGCUUGUGCAAAAUAUCCUUGCUUGGAUCAAUUCUAUGGAGUUUUCUCAAAUUAUGGAGCUCAAAUCUCGGGUCGUAUAAUGCUGCCAUUCAACUUGGCAUCCGAAGAGGGACCAAUAUACGUAAACGCCAAGCAAUACAACGGAAUCAUGAGGCGUCGGCAGUCUCGUGCAAAGGCUGUGCUUCAGAAUAAAUGGACUAAAGCCCGAAAGCCAUAUAUGCACCACUCUCGCCAUCUGCAUGCAAUGCGCCGGCCAAGGGGAUCCGGCGGCCGGUUCCUGAAUACCCGAAGUUCGAGCUCCGAAAAAGAUGGCAUCGGGAUGAAGAAAGCCGCUCGUGGACUGAUUUCGAACGCUACCAGUUCAUCUGAUAGUGGAGCCUUGAACUCAUCUAAGAGACCAAAUGCAUGUGGCUCUACAUUCUCAGGGUCAUCAGAGGUCAGCAUGUACUCCAGGGGUGACCUCGACCACCACUUCUUUAUCGACCAUCUCGGACUAUCGGUCCAGUCUCUCCCAUCGAUGAUCAACGAUCGUCGAGGCACUCUUAUGGUUGCAACCGCCAACAGCCGUUGCAACCCGAAAAUUUGACAUCGAUGCGGGGGUUAUUGUGGGAUUCGGUGCUAACCGAAAACCACUUUUCC